UAUAUAUACACACGUACCACACCUCCACCAUGGUGCGGUCAGCGGUGACUGUGUGCGUGCGGACACGACCGACGCUACAGUUUGCACAGGACAACAUCACCGUCGACACUGAAGCCAACAGCGUGGAUGUCAAGGUGAUGCGGUCCAAGAGCCAGGGAUACGUCAACAACCAGCAGGAGGCGUGGUCGUUCUCUUGCGACAAGGUGCUGCACAAUGCGCCGCAGGACGAGGUCUUUGCCAGGCUGGCGCGGCCUAUGGUCGACUCGGCGGUGGAGGGAUACAACGGAUCGGUGAUGGUGUAUGGCCAGACGGGUGCCGGAAAGACGUUCACCAUGACUGGCGCCACAGACAACUACCGCCAUCGGGGCAUCAUUCCCAGGGCCAUUGCGCACCUGUUCAAGACCAUCGAGGCCAAGCCAGCACUCGCCUUUACCGUCCGUAUCUCCUAUCUCGAGCUGUACAAUGAGCACAUGUACGACUUGCUGGCGCCUGUGACCGGCCGGGUCGUGCCUGGGGCCGGCGGAACGGGCACCUUUGGCGGCGGGCCGGUCGGUUCGGCUCCUGAUCUGACCAUUGUGGAGGAUUCGGCGGGCAACACCCACGUCCGUGGGCUCUCGCACGUGGUGGCGACGUCGGAGGAGGAGGCGCUCAACCUUCUGUUUGAGGGAGACACGAACCGUAUUGUGGGCUCGCACUCGCUCAACAAGGCUUCGUCGCGGUCGCACACCAUCUUUACCCUCCACGUCGAGUCGCGGUCGCGGGUCGAGUCGACCGAAAAGGUUCUGACGUCCAAGCUCAACCUGGUGGAUCUUGCCGGGUCGGAGCGGGUGAAGAAGACAGACUCGACUGGAGUCACGCUGCAGGAGGCCAAGUACAUCAACCAGAGUCUGACGUUCCUGGAGCAGGUGGUGGUGGCGCUCGGCGACCGGCGAUCGCACAUUCCGUACCGGCAGACCAAGCUGACAAAUGUGCUUAAGGACUCGAUCGGGGGAAACUGCAAGACCCUCAUGAUCGCCAACAUCUGGCCCGAGGCCUCGCAGCUGGAGGAGACCAUCAGCACGCUUCGCUUUGCACAGCGCAUGAUGCGGGUCUCCAACGAGCCGACCAUCAACGUGCAGUAUGACCUCGCGGCACUGUGCAAAAAGUAUGAGGCCGACAUCCGCGAGCUCAAGGAGGAGCUGGCUAUGCACGACGCGCUCUCAAACCGGGCCCACAUUGUCUACGAUCCUUACACCGACCAGGAACGCUACGAGCUCAACAAGCAGGUCAAGGCGUACCUGACCGGCGAGCUCGACGAGCUGCCGGUCAUCAACAUCCGGCACAUCCGCGAGACCUUUGCCCAGUUCAGGGUCAUUCUCAACAACGUCGAGGCAAGCGCGCUCAAGAAGCUGCGCGACCACUACGGGACGUCGGCGCCGCCGGCUGAUGCGCCGUCGGCGCUCGAUGUCAAGUCCAUGGUGGCGACCGGCGGCGGCGUCGGCGAGCUCGACUCGGACGGCUUCCAUCUCGGCGAGUUUGCCGACGAUGCCAAGCCGGUCAACUCGGACGCGCUCAAGCGCCGCCCGUCGGGCAAGGUCGCACGCCACAAGGCACCGCGCAAGAAGCGGCUGGCCAGCGAGCGUGGACGCAAGGAGAUGCGCGCAGGCCACGGCGACCACGACUCGGGCGAUGGCGGCCGCGGCGGCGACGAGGCCGACGGUGAGCCCGACGGCCGCUCCCGUCGCCGCUCGCGCGCUUCGGGGCGGACCACGCCUAAGGGCAUGUCGCCGCUCGGCAACAAGGCCAAGAAGAAGAAGAAGAAGCGGACAACGUCAUCGAUGGGCCGCGAGGCCGGCGGCCACGAUCCGCCGUCGACCUCCAAGGGUCAUCCGCGUGGGCACGACCUCUCCCGUACUCCCUCGGCUGCGCACCUCCCCGGCGGCGGCGCGGCGGGCGACGCCGAUCGGGCGCGCUCGCCGUCGCGUGGCGGCGACGACCUCGAAGGUGGGUCAGUCGUUGCCGACCACGAGACGCCCGACGGCGGGCGUGGACCCUCAGCCGGCGGGCGACCCGGCAACGCGUCGGCUGCGUCGGCUGCGUCGGGAUAUGGCGGUGGCGGGGGCGGGGGCGACGGCUCGCGCCCGUCGUCAUCGCACGCUUUCCGACCGUCGCGUGAGGACGCGUUCUCCGAGUUUAAGCACACGGCCGGUGCAGAGAUCGCUGGCAUUCUCGAGGAGAACAAGCGGGUGUACCACGAGAAGAAGCGCCUGCUCCGCGAAGCGGGCCUGAGCGUCAACGGAGCCAAGGCGGCCAUCGACGUGCUGCGGGCCAAGCUCAACGCGCUCCGUGAGUCGCGGGUAGGCGCGCCGCCGGCGGUUGCGCCGUCGGCGCUGCCUGGUGCUCACGACGCGGCCGCCUCGAGCGAGCCCGUCGAGGUCAUCGACGAGGACGAGUACCAGGUACUGGUCGAGCUGCAGGAGGCUAAGGCGACGUACCGCGAGGCGUUUGAGGCGUACAAGGCGGCCAAGGCCGAUGUCUCGUACCUCGAUCGGCACGUUACCGAGUGCCGCCAGCGGCUGCUGGCAGACUUUGACGAGUGGUUUAUGGCCUCGUUUGGCCAUCUCCCGCUCAAGCCCGCCGCCUCGGCCUCGGAGCUACUGGAGCCGAACCAGGACGUGCUCGACGACGGCGAAAAGUGGGAUCUGCAGCAGACCCAGCGAAUCGCCAAGGAGGAUCCCGACGCUGUCGCCUUUUACACAGCGCGCAUGAAUGUUCAGCGCAAGGUUUUUGCCUCCCAGCAACAGCACUCGGCCUCCCGCCGAAUCCGCCGAUAA